GGCGGGCGGCGGCGGGAUGCGUGGCCCGGCGCGCGGCAGGUACGUGUGGAGCGCCCGGCCCGGCUCCGCGGCGGGGACUCGCUCGCCUGUGGGGCGGAUAGGGCGCCCGGCGCUUUCCGCGGGCCGGGACUGGAGCCGCCGGCACGGCCCCCGCCUUCCUUUCGCUCGUUGACAGCCAGCGGCCCCUGGGGAGCGCGGCGGCGCAGGCUCGGAAGAGGAACCGCGGGCGGGAGGAGCACGCGGGGCUUCCCCCUGGCAGCGGGCGGGGGCCGGGAUGGAGCCGCCGCCCAGUCCGCGCUGUCCGGCCCCGGGCUCGCUAUGGGGCACGGAGGGCUCCUGGGCCGCUGCCCCGUGCUCCGUGUCCUUCUGGCGAAUCGCGCUUCUUUGUAGUUCAGGAGAAGCGCGGCGCGUUGAGGUGCUUCCAAGCAGAUGGCAACGAAGCUUGUAACUAACAGAAGUCAGUGUCUACCUCUAACAGAGGUAACAGGGCAGGGAGCAGUGCGUGGCAGGUGAUGCUCUCGGUUUACGUUCACCUGUCUGAGGCGUUUGGAGCUUCUUCAGCUUGUUGUGGGUGUCUGAGGCCGGCGAGCUGUGCGGGAGCCUGGGCUGUGGGUGGAAACGCAGCGAGCAGACCCGGACACGCAGUUUGGAGGUGGCACUUCCAUCCCUGGGUGUGAUGGUGAGCAACUGAUGAAGUCUAUGCAGGAACAAAUUAGUAGGCUUGUAGAAUACCUGAUUGAAAUGGCACUCCCCUUCCCUUGGGGGUGCAGUGUCUGUGUGUCUGUAUGUAAAGUCCCGACUGCAACUUCCGCAGCCUUCUUUCCUUUCGGUAUGACUUGGUUUGAUGUUAUUUAGUCAUGAUUUUCAGUGUGUUAGUUCUUAACUUCAGGGAUUUUAAUUUCUGGAGAGCUUUUUAAUCAUGGAACUUCUUUGAAGUUAGCUUGAAGAAAUUUGAAAGCGGUCAUGAUGUUCUGUAUGCUUUUGGGCCCUUUCUAAAGGGAGCCCUGAGGGUACCUGGUGUUGUUUGGACCCAGUGUUAGCUCUGAAAUGGAGUGCUGCCUGUGCUGUGAGCUAUGGGAGGCAGUCCACCUGACUGUGUAACUUGGUGAGGUGUAGUGAGAUCAUCAAACCAUUUUCUCCUUCUGGAUGAGUAGAUUGGAGGGUGUAAUUGUGCAUGCUCCAUCCUCUUUCAAAAGAAAAGCCUUUUCUGCUUCAGCUGUCCUUCUGUGCCAUGUCUGCUUUUUCCUGAUGAAGUUGCUUGUUUUUUUGGGUAGAGGAGAUGCUACCAGUAAACGUUUUUUUUUUUUUUUUUUUUUUUUUUUUGAGACUAAGGCAAAUAGAAAUCAGUAAUUGUGUUUUCAUGACCUUCUGUGUUGUUUUCACAAUUCUUGUGUUGUUGAUCUUUUUUUUUAAAGCCUAGGGUUCAGCUAUGUUGUUUGCACAUUAAAUCAGUGUUAAUAUGUGUGGAAUUAAGGCCUAUCACAGCAGUGCGUGGUGAGUGAAUAGAACAGCUCUAUGCUGAAGAAGUGCCUUCUUCUGAAGGAGAGGAAGGAAGGAAAGUGCCUGGAGUGAUCCAUAGUAAACACCGAAAAUUCUCCAUCUGGUAACGGAGGAUUAAGUGACUAAAUUGUAAAUGUGAAUUCAGUGGCCCUAAUCCUCUUUGGAGAAGGGAUAUGGUAAUACUGACUCACAGGCAGUAUCCAUAAAGCCUGUCACUCUCGUGGUUCCUAUAAAAUUAUGCAUGUGAGGACACUUGUCAAACCUGUUUCCCUUCCAGAUGUUUGCCAGAUAGUUUGAAAGACAUAUGGAUAGAUAACACUGUGAAUGUGUUGUUGACAGAGGUCUGCAACGCCAGUGGGUCAUGAAUAAUCUUUGCUCACAGGGCCCUCUAAAUGCUCUGUGUCAGAGGUUCUGCAGCUGUGGUAUGAAGGAAGAUGGCUCCAAAAGGCCAUAUGAACCUAAAAAAGCUACCUGUGCUCGUAGCACCAGUGGCAGUAUAAUUGAAGCAAACUGGAUUUGGGAACCACGUGCUAGGUUUACAAGCUUCUUAAUUGGCUAGCCGGCAGCAUUUGUUCUGUUUUGCAAUAAUGACACUGUUUCAGUGUGGAAGUACUUGAGGAGUAAGUGUCGUCCCACAUCUACUCGGUGCGUGUCAGAAUCUGUCUAUGCGUACCUGAUAAAAUGAGAACGGUGUAAAAUUCCUAGUGUUAAAGAACAGUAGUGUUGAAUGUUGAAAAGUGGAGAAGUUGCUGUUGUUUGAUUGAGGUGAGUUGCUGUAAUAGUGAUUGUUUGGAGGAUUUAUGCAGAAGACCAAGGGGUAACAGUGCUUUUUCCGUAGCUCACCCGCUCUGUGCUUGUAAUUUGGCAACAGCAGAGCUCAUGUGUCCAUCUGUUCUAGCUUCAUUUUGGCUGCGUUUCAAAUACAGAUUUGCUUAUCUUCAAGGAUGGAUUUUCAAAAUCAUAGGGCCUACAGUUCUGGGUUCUGAAGUCCUUGGCUCUCUUACAAGGUGAAGAGGAGGCUGUAAUACAGUAGCAUUAGUGAGCAGUACGUAUCCUAUGUUGUAUUAAUUCAUUCUGACAGCCUCAGACAGUUUGGGAACAAUUUCGAAUGGAGAUGAGAUUUCUUUAUCUUUCAGUGCUUGGCCAAAAGUAACUUAAUAAGCAAACUAAUAAUCACGUACUUCUGCCUAGCUGGGCAGUGCUUUGUUUUUGCUUUGUUCUAUUGUUUCACUCCAGACCGGAUUGAAAUUCUGUCAUUCUAAGGUUCCUAGUCCAUUUAUUCCACCUAUUUACUGAUGGAAGGUUGCAACGCUUCUGUUUCAGGAACCUAGAACCAGCUUAUUACAUUAGUGCUGUUCAUGGGUUCUGGAUUUGUGUAGGCUGAACUACUUUUGCACACCUGGAAUUGCUUUUAGGGCCAUUUAAUGUGCUGGUGACUGCCCUGAGUUGUAUUCAGGGAGCACCUGCCAGUGUAGUGCUUUCCAAGAGCGUGUGAAAUCUCUGUAGCCUCCUUUGAACCUAAAACCGAUCAUACAAAGGAGGGGUAAUAAUGCUAUAUGAGAAGUUCUUGUUGAUGAGUGUGAAAAGGAAGGAAGUCUAUGGAAGAAAACCUCUUUCUCGGGAAUAGUAGGAUGUUAAUUGUGAAUGUUGGGAGUGUCAACUAAAUAAAAAGGAACGUGAAGAGUUGAGCUUUUGAGCAGCUGAGGAAUUAUUUGGAAUUCAGUUUCAUAAAUUAUCCUGCUCAGUAAUAAGUUCUACAACUUUCUUGGGGUGGCUGGAGGAUUUUGGCUUGUUCGUGGUUAUUUUGCGUCUAUUUUUGAGGGUCCCUCUCUGUUUAAACACUUAAAAAGUAUAAAUAAAGUUGUUCACAUUCAGGUUGAUAAACAGACCUACAGGACGGCCUAUGAAGCAGAGACUCAGUAUUACAGUAACAUAUGGCUGUGAAUUCUUGUAGAAGAUUAAUAGCUCUACCUACAUUUGUCCACUGUAGAAGAUGGGUGGAUUAAUUUCAAGAUGGAGGCAGGCAAAGCCUUCUACUGUAGAAGUAUUAGAAAAAAUUGAUAAGGAAAUACAGACCUUAGAAGAAUUUAGAGAAAAAAAUCAGAGACUUCAGAAACUAUGGGUUGGAAGGCUACUCUUCUACUCUUCACUUCUUUAUCUUGCCACCUGCUUAAUUGUAUAUUUGUGGUGUCUUCCUGAUGAAUGGACAGCAAGGUUUUUUAUGACACUUCCAUUUUUUGCAUUUCCACUGAUAAUCUGGUUUAUAAGAACACUGCUCAUUUUUUUCUUUUCCAAGAGGACAGAAAGGAAUAAUGAUGCACUGGAAGAUUUAAAAUCUCAAAAGAAAAAAAUACUUGAGGAAGUGAUGGAGAAGGAAACUUACAAGACUGCUAAACUAAUUCUUGAAAGGUUUGAUCCAGAUUCAAAUGCAAAGGAGGCUGAACUGCCAUCUGCUGGAACAUCUGCAACCUCGAGACCUGGACAAGAAAUUCGUCAGAGGACUGCAGCUCAAAGAAAUGCUUCUACACCCACGCCUGCUACUCCUAAGCAAGGCUCUCCAAAAUUGCUUGUUUCGUCAACACCGUCUCCCGAUCUGCAGAGGGAUGCAUCUGCUCUUAGUGGACCACCAGAAAGAACCGCUGUGCCAUCCUUGCAGUCAAAUGUUCUACCGAGACGCCCUGGAUCCCCUGCUACUUCAGUGCCUGGAAUGGGUCUUCAUCCUCCAGGCCCUCCUUUAGCGAGACCUAUUCUUCCUCGAGAAAGAGGAGUUGUGGAUAGAGUUAUUGAGUAUUUGGUUGGAGAUGGUCCUCAGAACAGGUAUGCCCUUAUAUGUCAGCAAUGUUGUUCUCACAAUGGUAUGGCUCUGAAGGAGGAGUUUGAAUACGUAGCAUUUAGGUGUGCCUACUGCUUUUUCCUGAAUCCUGCAAGAAAAACGAGACCUCGGGCUCCACGGCUACCAGAUUUCAAUUUUGAAAAGAAGCAACUUCCAGAAUUGCAAUCGGAAGCAGAGCGUCCAGAAUCAAGAGAGAGAGAACCGCAGGGGAAUCAGCAGACAGAAGAAUCUGAAGGAGUGGCUCAGCAAAUUGAGACAAAUGAGACAGAUGAGAAAGCACCAAGUGCUGAGCAGUUGAAUGAUAGUCUUGUUGAAGAAGUUGAAAAAGAAGCAGCAGAAAAUGUUUCAACAACCGAAGACUCUAUUUCAGAUUCUGCUAUUUCAACUGAACAAAGUGAAGAAUCUUUAGUGAAAGCAGAAUAAAGUACUUCAAGUGCCUUCUGUAGCUAGUUUUUAGCUUUGUUCAUGCCUGUUGUUACUAUUCAGGUGAGCUUUUUUAAAUGGUACAACUUAAAAAUCUCGCUUGAGCUUAAACUGCCUCAACUGUCACAGUAUGUCAAAGCUUUGUGUAAAAGUGGAUAUUGUAAAUUAAGCAUGUCUUUAAGUUAACUCACAGAAUGUAUAGUUGGUUGAAGUCUAACAGUCAUAGACAUUGUUCACUUUGCAUAUUUGAAAAAUCAAACUUUUAAGUUUUAUUAAAGGUGACCUACAACUUGGCAUCUCUUUAGCUGUCAACGAACAACUACUGGCCCAGCUGAUCUAGUAAGUUUGGUCUAGUGAACUUAGAUACCUUUUAAUGUUUCCCUACCGAAGCAAAUUGAGUACAUCUUAAAUACAGAUGUUUACAAACUCAAGUGUCAUCGGACAUUGGGCUUAAGCAUAUGGAAAGUGUCAUUACAGUAGUGUUGGUGUUAUUCAUAGCUUAACUUUUUGACAGAAUUCAGUUAAAUGACACUCAAAAAUGGCAUCUCCUUUGGUAUUUGCAUUGCAGAUGAGCCAGAGGCACUUAAAUACAGAUAUGUUUUGUGUUUACAUAAAAUAUAGAAAGUCUCUGCACUUGAUUGUACUUGAAUAUGAAGCACUAUUUAUACCUGUAUAAUAAUGACAAGAUAAGUGAAUCUUGUGCCUUUGUGUAUUUUGUUAAAGGAAAAUAAAGAUAUCUAGCAGCAAA